CAGACUUUCGACUUAUAGGAACAACAUGGAUGUCCAUGCUCAUGUAAAAUAAAGCCUUUAGGGCUCCUUUCCUUCAAAAAAAAAUCGUUGUGUGUGUGGAACUAUAUUAUCACUGAUUUUUAUUAUUAAAUUAUCUCGAAUUCAAAUAUGUCUUCGGGAAAGAAAGGUAAAAAAAGCAAGGGGAAAACAGUAGCCCUUCAUGAUUUUCUCGCCGAUUCAUCUGGUGGUGUUCCCAGUAUACCAUUAAAAUCAGCCAAUUGGGCAGACGACAUCGAGGACGAACAUGAUGGAUACUCGUCGAGAAGUAAUAAAGAACCUGUUAUUUUACCGACGGCACCAAGAGCAGCUCGUGAGCCUGGAUUUAAUGAGGAAAAUAUUCCAACAAGUCCUCCAUUUGUGGCUUAUGUUUCAAAUUUGCCAUACGAUAUUGUUGAGGCUGAUUUGGAAAAUUUUUUCAGUGGAUUAAAUAUUUCCAAUAUGCGUCUUCCUAAAGAAUCCAAUAAACUUAGAGGAUAUGGAUACGUUGAAUUUGACGAUAGACAGAGUUUAAUUGAUGCUCUAAACCUGACAGAUGCGACCUUGCAAAGUAGGCGUAUUAGAAUUGAAAUUUCAAACAGCAGCAAUGAGGAGCGUCGUGGUGGAAGAAUGGGAAGAGAUAAUCGUAGAGAUGGUGGUUUUGAAGAUUCUGAACAACGUACUUCCAGUGAUUGGCGAAGUGGUCCAAGAGAUGAGACAUCAUCGGACUCUGAUCGAUAUCGAGGAAGAGGAGGAUAUGAAAAUAGAGAUCGUGAUCGUGAUCGUAAAGAUGAUCGUGAAGAAACUGACAAUACUCCAGGUGCUUGGAGAGUAGGUGGUGAUAAAGGAAGACCGUCAUUUAGAGAUAGAGGCGGUGAUGAUCGCGAAAAAGAUUGGGGUGGUUCACGUUACGGUGGAGAAAGAGGAAGUAGAGACAGAGAUGGAGAUCGGGAUCGUGAUCGCGAUAGAGGAGGUAGUGGUUUUGGACCACGACGUAAUUAUGGCGGUGAAUCCAAUUGGGAAAGAGGACAAGCUUCAGCUUCUGAACCUCGAACAAGACCAAAAUUAGUGUUGCAACCGCGUACAAAACCAGUGGAAGAAAUUGUCGUUAAAGAAGAGGAAGUUGAGAAACCAUCGGAACCAAUUACUCCACCUCCAGCACCUGUGCCAGCUGCUAAUAUUUUUGGUGCUGCCAAGCCUGUUGAUACGGCUGCACGAGAAAGAGAAAUUGAAGCACGUCUCAAUAAAGCUGAAUCUAAAGCUAAAGAAGAAUCAGAUCAAGAAAAACGGAAUACAAAGGAAGUAGGAGCUUGGGGAAAACGUAAUGGAGAGGGACGUGAUGAUAAAGAGAAAACAAAAUUAAGGUGGAGAUCUGAAGAUGACAGAGGAAAGCCAUCGGAAAGAAGAACUGAAAGACAAAAUCCGCCUUCUCGGCCAGAGCAACGUGGAGAUUCGAGACCUCCAAUGACAUCACGAGGUGGAUUGUCUUCUCGAGGUCCUGCUAGGCAAACUGAUGCUCGACAACCGCCUCCCGAGAGAGAGCGUAAAGAGAGAGAUCGAGAAGAACAAGAUGAAAUCAGCCGAAUGCCAAAGGCUAGAGAGGAGCAAACGCCAAAUUUUGCGGCUUCCAACAAAUAUUCCAUGUUAACUGAUGAUAUGGAUCCAGAUAAUAUUGAGGAUUAAAAAUGCUCAUCACUUCAAUUGACGUUUCCAAUGGAAUUGUGCUAAUUACCAUUCAGAAGCGUAUAAAACUAUUAACAUACUAUUAUACAUACUAUUAUUACCCAAUUUAUUUUACAUUCACUGAAUACUUAUCUUUAACUGAUUCAUGAACAGGACGGGAAAUGCGAUCUAUUCCAUCUAAUGUCUAGCUUUCUUUCUCUUUUUUUUAUGGAAUUAUUGUUAAUUUGUAUUUAAUCUAUUUUAUUAUUCUUAAUACAAUUUACGGUAAAUCUUUCCAUAUUGUUGUUGUUGUUUUUUUUUGUUUUCUUUUUUUUGUAAUCAAUAUGCGUCAGUUGAUAAUUAUAUUGUCUGAGACAAAGGUUUUUUUUUUCUUUUAUUUUAAGAAUCUUUUUCGAUUAUUAUUAUUAUUAUAAUUAUUAUGUGAUCCGUCGAAAAUGAUGGCGAGGGAUUAUAUUUUUACGCGAUGUACAGCACUUUAGAAAAAAUGAGCAUUGUAUAAUAUAUAUACAAGUUUACUUAUUUACAUUAUUAUGUAAAAUGAAAAAUAAUCCAACGCCAAAAUACAUAUGCAAAUUUUUCUAGAGCUAAUUACAUUAAUAUUAUAUACAUAUUACCGACAAAAGAAACCUGGAGAAUAAUAUUAUCUAUUCGCUGCUUGUGUUGUGAAUACAGUUAUGAUGGAAUUUUUUUUAAUAUAAAUAAGAAUCAAUAGAAUAUA